AUGGACGUAGAGAAGAAGAGCAACGCACAGCAGCUGGCCUCCACUGGCGCGAAUGUCCCAGAAAAGAUGGAAACGGAAACGAAGAAGAAGGAUCUUAUGAAGCUGGUGGUGGACGACCCGUGGCUGGAGCCCCACAACGACAAGAUCAAGUGGCGCUACGAGCGCUUCGAGGCCCUGAAGAACGAGAUUGAGAAGGUCGAGGGCAGCCUCGACGCCUUCAGCUCGGCCUACCAGGACAAGUUUGGCUUCAUCAAGCGUCCCGACGGCGUCACCUACCGCGAGUGGGCUCCCGGCGCUGCCGAGGUCACCCUCACGGGCGACUUCAAUGGCUGGAACAGAGACACGCACAAGAUGCAGAAGGACGAGCACGGCGUCUGGUCCGUCUUUGUGCCCAACGCGCCCGAUGGGAUCGCCAUUCCCCACGGCAGCAAAGUCAAGGCGGUUGUCGGCUACCGCGAUCAGCACGGUCAAUACAAACGCGAGGACCGCAUCCCUGUGUGGGCCAAGCGCGUCGUCGAGCACUUCCACGACGGCCAGCGAAUCUUUGAUGCCGUGCACUGGGAUCCUCCGCAGCAGUACCAGUGGAAGAACAAGGCCCCGUCGAAGCCCGCCAGUCUCCACAUCUACGAGACCCACGUUGGCAUGUCCAGCCGCGAGCCUCGCGUGUCGUCCUACGCCGAGUUCAGGCAGCACCUGCUGCCCUACAUCAAGGAGACGGGCUACACCGCCAUUCAGCUGAUGGCCGUGAUGGAGCACUCCUACUACCCCUCGUUCGGCUACCAGGUCACCAAUUUCUUCGCCGUCUCGUCUCGCUUCGGCACGCCCGAGGAGCUCAAGGAGCUGUCUACCUCGACCUCCCACGCCUCCCCCAACGUGGGCGACGGUUUGAACAACUGGGACGGCACCGAGUACCACUACUUCCACUCCGGCGGAAAGGGCAACCACUCUGGCUGGGGCACGCGCCUGUUCGAUUACGGCAAGUGGGAAGUGCUGCGCUUCCUCAUGAGCAACCUCAAGUGGUUCGUCGACGAGUACAAGUUCGACGGCUUCCGAUUCGAUGGCGUGACGUCGAUGUUGUACGUCCACCACGGUAACUACACCUCCAACUGGGACUACGACACCUACUUCGGCGGUGACGUCGACGAAGACUCCGUUCGCUACCUGCAGCUGGCCAACUACAUGCUUCACAAGAACUACCCCGGCAUCGUCACGAUCGCCGAAGACGUGUCGGGAAUGGCUGGGCUCUGCCGUCCGGUGGAGGACGGAGGCGUGGGCUUCGACUACAGGCUCGGCAUGGGCCUUCCCGACAUGUGGGCCAAGAUGUGCACCGAAGACGAGGACUGGAGCAUGCAAGGCAUCGUGUGGGACCUGACCAACCGCAGGUGGAAUGAGGCGACCGUCGCCUAUUGCGAGUCGCACGAUCAGUCCCUGCAGGGAGGCAAGACGAUCGCCUUCCGUCUCAUGGACAAGGAGAUGUACUGGCACAUGUCCACACUGCAGCCUCUCCACAUGACCAUCGAUCGCGGCAUCGCUCUCCACAAGAUGAUCCGUUUGAUUACGCUGGCCCUCGGCGGUGAGGCCUACCUCGCGUUCAUGGGCAACGAGUGGGGCCACCCCGAGUGGGUCGACUUCCCGCGCCCGGGCAACAACAACAGCUACGACAAGUGCAGGCGCAGGUGGGACCUCCUCGAGGACAAGCUACUCAGAUAUCAGCACAUGUACAACCUCGACAAGGCCAUGCUGCGCCUCGCCAACGACCACCCCUUCCUCAACACCAGAGAGUAUGUGAUUGUGAAGCACGAGGACAACAAGCUGAUCACCUUCGAGCGCGGCGAGUUCUACUGGAUCUUCAACUUCCACCCGACCAAGUCGUUCCCGGACUAUCGCGUGGGCGUGACCCAGCCGGGCAAGUACGAGAUCAUGCUCGACACCGACGCCGCCGAGUACGGCGGCCACAGCCGCAUGCAGGCCGGCGUGUCCUUCUUCACCGAGCCCAAGGCCUGGGACGACAGGCCCAACUCCAUGCUCAUCUAUGCUCCCUGCCGAGCGGCGUUGGUCCUGAAGCGCGCCCAGGAGUGA